AUGUCCGACGAGGCCUUAGCCACGACUUCGUACGAGAAGUUUCUCACCCCCGAGGAGCCCUGCCCGCCUGGGCCCCCCCGCGGCGCGGGCAAUUGCCCCAGCGAGGAGCCGGGCUGCCUGGACAUCAGCGACUUCGGCUGUCAGCUGUCGUCGUGCCACCGCACCGACCCGCUCCACCGCUUCCACACCAACAGGUGGAACUUAACAUCCUGUGGAACAAGUGUUGCCAGUUCAGAAUGCAGUGAGGAGCUGUUUUCAUCAGUUUCUGUUGGAGACCAAGACGAUUGCUAUUCCCUGUUAGAUGAUCAGGAUUUCACUUCGUUUGAUUUAUUUCCCGAGGGGAGUGUCUGUAGUGAUGUCUCUUCUUCUAUUAGCACAUACUGGGAUUGGUCAGAUAGUGAAUUUGAAUGGCAGUUACCAGGGAGUGACAUUGCCAGUGGAAGUGAUGCACUUUAUGAUGUUAUACCCAGUAUUCCAAGUUCACCUUGCUUGUUUCCUAAAAAGAAAAACAAGCACCAGAAUUUAGAUGAACUUCCUUGGAGUGCAAUGACCAAUGAUGAACAGGUGGAAUAUAUUGAGUAUUUGAGCCGUAAAGUCAGUACUGAAAUGGGUCUUCGGGAGCAACUUGAUAUUAUUAAAAUAAUUGAUCCUUCUGCUCAAAUCUCCCCUACAGACAGUGAGUUUAUUAUUGAACUUAACUGUCUCACAGAUGAAAAGCUGAAGCAGGUCAGAAACUAUAUCAAAGAGCACAGCCCUCGUCAAAGGCCUGCUAGAGAGGCCUGGAAGAGAAGCAACUUUAGUUGUGCCAGCACCAGUGGAGUGAGCGGUGUCAGUGCCAGUGCCAGCAGCAGCAGCGCCAGUAUGGUCAGUUCUGCAAGCAGCAGUGGGUCCAGUGUUGGAAACUCUGCUUCAAACUCCAGUGCCAACAUGAGUCGAGCACACAGUGACAGCAACUUGUCUGCAAGUGCAGCAGAACGGAUUCGGGAUUCAAAAAAGCGAUCCAAGCAGCGGAAAUUGCAGCAGAAGGCCUUGCGCAAGCGGCAGCUGAAAGAACAAAGGCAGGCUCGGAAGGAGAGGCUUAGUGGGCUCUUCCUGAAUGAAGAAGUGCUUUCCCUGAAAGUCACUGAGGAAGACCAUGAAGCAGAUGUAGAUGUUUUAAUGUAAUCAGGGUGGCUUUAUAUUUGCUUUUUUUUCUAAGCUUUUAAGUGUUCCGUCCUUAAUAUUUUACAUGCAUCUUGACCAAACUUUUUGGUUAGGGUUGUGCUAAUGUACCAUGAAUAAUUUAGGCCAGUGGUUUUCAAUUCGGUGUUCCUGGGCCAACAGCUUCAGCUCGUGUGAAAAGUUGUUAAAAAUGAAUAUUAUUGGGUUCCACCCUUCUAGUAAAUCAGAUAUAACCAGGAAGGAGGCCCAGCAUUGUCUUUUAACUAGCAACCGGUUAUUCUACAGCACAGCACAUUGUAGUUUUAAGAACAUUUAGAUAAAUGUUGGACUGUUUGAAUUUUAGGGUGGUUAAAUGGGUUUUUUCAGAGAUUAGUAUAUACACUGAAAGUUUAGAAGAUGAUAAGGUACUGCUGACAAUUUAUAUAGAGAUUAUAAUUCAGUUUCUUUCCUGAUGUUGCAAUUUCUUGGUUUACUAGCGGGCCAUAGCAUGAUUAUCAACUAUUAGUGGAAUUAUUUUUUGAGUUGUUGAAUGUGAGGUGUGGUUUGCUAUUUUCUGUAGUGCCUUCAUUGGGUUUAGUUCUACCUGUUUUCAUUCAUUAUUAACAGGUACGAAAAGAGGCCCUAAUGUCGUUACUGUUCAUUUUUUCACUUUAUGUAAAUUCAGAAUACUUUAUGUAAGUGACCACUACUGAAGAAAUAAUUAUGCGUAGGUCAACUAUUAAACUUGAUACCACUUUGAUUGCUAUUCAAAUAGUGGAAGCAAUUAGGCAAAGUAACCAAUUCUGUUUUUCCAAAGUUUUCUAAAAUUUAAGGUUAUAAAACUAUCUUAGAAGCAGAAAUCUUUUUUUUUUUUUUUUGGUAAGUCUUUUUUUGCCCAGCACAGAUCUAAUUUUUAAAUAUCUUGGGAUAAAAUUUUCUGUGAACAUGUGAACAGAUUUUGUUCAAAAUUAACUAAUAGAAAACCCUUAUAGUUCUGCUAAAAUUCUCUGUAUUACAGACAACAGAAAGAUCAAGGAAAUCAUCUUUGUUUCUUGGCUAUUUCUAGGAAUUCUGAUUUUAGUUUAGAAGUCAUAGUUUAAAUGAUAUUUUUAUUGAAUCACCAUGGGAUUACCAAGUUAUAAAGAUAUUUAUUAUUGAGUUUCAGGCAUACAUUGUUCCAACACCAAUCUCUUCACUAUGUCCACUACCCUAACGAAGAGUUUG